AUGCGCGCUCUCUUGUUGUUAGCCAUUGUCCUUGUUGGAGCUAUGACGUGCUUGUCAGACGCAGACCAAAUUCUGAUCGCUGACUCUGGCAUAUUUGUUGCAGACAAGAAGUCAGUUUUCCUUAAAAGAGCUUUGAGGUCUGACGAUGCAUCGGAAACCACCAGUUUUAAUGAAGAGAAGGCUGGAAUUUUAGGGUCGUCGAAGCUGACGGACCUAUUUAUCAAGUUAAACGCGAAGAAGAACGUACACCCGGCGAGUAUUUUCCAGGGAUUGCGCGUUGUCAAAGCAGGAGGGAAGCUGGACGGGAACGCAGAGUUCAUCCGGUGGCUUUGGUACGUUCUAGAAUAUAGGGCUAAGCGAGGCGAGACUGCGUUCACAGAAAGGGAAUUAUUUAGCCUGCUGAGGCAGUCGAAGCGCACGGAGGAAGAACUGGUGGCACUGUCUCAAUCGCUUCGACAAGUUCCGGGCAUGAAGAACAUCGCUGACGAGAUGCAGACGUACAUGAUCUUGAGUUCUGCGUCAAGCCAUAGACUGAUGAAUGAGGUGUGGUGGAGGUCUCGUGAAACUCCUCAGCAAGUUUUCAACAUCUUACGUCUCGGAGACGAAACUCUCGACGAUAACCCGUUGUUCAUUCAGUGGCUCAGAUAUAUCAAGUUCUACAGGGCUCACCAGGGAAGUAAACCCUUUUCAGACUUGGACGCACUCAAUUUUAUGGUGAAUGCAAGGUUGGGUAUGAUGGAGUUUAGAUUUGCUGCGCUCUUUCAAUCGAUCAAGUACAUUCCAGAUCUGAAGGAAUUCGCUAUUAGGGUGCAGACACAUCUUUACCAGCGAUGGACGAGCGACAAGAUAACCCCGAACGAGCUCAAGAGUCAGUUUGGGAUACCGUAUCCGAUUGAUUUCUCGAUCUUGUCAAGGACUGACCCCGUAUAUCGCACCUUAGUGGAUUACACUAUGUACUUUGUUGAGCAAAAGGGCGGAACGGCACUGUCGAAAGCAGUGAAAAAGUUUUUCGCCGAAGACAAUCCUAACGCUGCACUUAAGGCUGCUUCAAAAAGCUAG